AUGUUUCCCCAAAACAAUUUAACCGAAGCACACGAUCUCGAAGAGCCUCGUACUCCAGCAGAGGAUCGGAUUGAGAGCGUUGUCAUUCUUGUGGUAUCGGUUUUGUCACUUUGCGGUGCUGGAUUCAUCAUGACAAGCUAUUGGAUUUUCCCGAACUUACGAUCUUUCCGCCACCGUCUUAUCAUCGGACUCGCGAUAAGUGACUUCCUCAUGGCUUUCAACUUUCUCUGUUCAACGGCAAUGAAUCUUAGCGGCAGACUUAUCAAAGAUCCUCAACAGGCCAGCUUUUGUAGCCUCAAUGGCUUCAUGGCCCAGGUCUUCGUCAUUCAAACCGACUACUGGGUCUUGACCAUUGGUGUUUGCACGUUCUUCAUCUUGGCUGGCCAAAAAAAGCGAGCAAGCUGGGUGCAAAGCCACGAAGUCAUCAUCUGGGGCCUUCCAUGGAUUUCCUCGGUUUUAUGGGCAUCUAUAGGCCUCGGAGCGGCCGGCUACAAGAGCAUUGGGGCUUGGUGCUGGUUCAAGUCAGACAAAGUCAGGUUGCUCGCCAACUUCGUUCCUCGAUGGAUUAUCAUCAUCAUCAUGUUUGCACUUUAUGCAUAUCUCGCCCUUGUCAUUUACAGGGCCCACAACAGGUUAAGCUCAAUGCAGGAAUCUCCUGGGCAUAUGGAAUCUGGGUACUCGACUCAAGACGGCAGCCGGGCAGCAAGUACUCACGAGGGGCUUGAAGGCCGAUCCAUGGUUUCCAUUCGAAGGCUCAAAAGGAUUGCUCGCCUGUUGCUUUUGUAUCCGCUUGCUUACGCUGUCAUCUGGUCCCUCCCAACCGCCAUCCGGAUAUACCAGGCAACAACGAACAAGUCGGCACCAUUCGCAUUGCAAAACAUCGACCAAGCCUGCAUCGUGGUUCAGGGGCUUGUCGACGCCGUAAUCUACGGUAUGAACGAGACUUCAGUAGCAAGCUAGCGCACUUGUUGCUCACGUCGAGGUUUUCCUACCGUCCAAGGGAUAGAAACUCGAGGCCCGGACAUCGCCUCACCAGACAUCACCAGGGAGCGAUCCGCUCGAUCCAACGACAGGAGAAUGCGAGGAACCACGCUGUCUAGUUCCGAGCUGGCCGAGGUCGACAGAGAUGAUGGAUUAAGCUCGGUUGAGCUGAGAGACUUGAGGGCGUAGGCUGCCCCGUUGGGAGUGGAGGGUUCUUCUUCGAAGGACUUGGGUAGUUCAGAUGGGGGCAGUUGACAGCCAACGACGCCCCUCGCCUGUGCGAGUCCCUAGAGCAUUUAUCGAUGGAACAAACUUGCUUGGCACGGCGAGCAUAGCGACGAGGUCAUGG